AUGUUAUUUCAGAUGGAGUUGGCCAACGGGAGCACAGUCAAGGAAUUCAUAUUGCUAGGAUUUGGAGUUGAGCAGCACAAGCGGCACCUGCUUCUCCUCCUCUUCACUGUUCUCUACGUACUCGCUGUGGCCGAGAACCUCACCGUUAUUGCCCUGGUGCUUGUCGACACCCACUUGGCCCAGCUCCCCAUGUACAUCCUUCUGAGCCACUUCUCCUGGCUGGAGGUGUGUUAUGUGACCACCACGGUGCCCCGGAUGCUUUUCGACCUAGCGUUCCCCUAUGGAGUCAUCUCCUUCCAUGCUUGCUUCCUCCAGUUCUAUAUCUUCUUCUCUCUUGGUUUUACUGAAUGCUUCUUCCUCUCCGCUAUGGCCUUGGAUCGAUAUUUGGCUAUCUGCCACCCAUUGCGCUACCCACAGAUCAUGUCCAAAGUCACUUGCUAUGCCCUGGUGGCUGUUUCUUGGGUCUGUGGCUUCCUGGGUUACAUUGUCCCACUGACUUUGAUCUCCAAGUUGCCCUUCUGUGGCCCCAUCAUUGACCAUUUUUUGUGUGAUCCUGGACCACUUCUGUUACUGGCUUGCCCUCCUCUGGAUAGUGCUACCUUUAUUUGGCAGUUUUCCAUGAGUGUUUUGCUUAUAGUAGGCAAUUUUUUGUUUGUGUUGCUGUCCUACAGUGUUGUCAUCUUCACCCUGAUGAAGCCCUCCUACCAGGGCAGUCGGAAGAAGGCAUUUUCCACCAUUUCCUUCCACCUAGUAGUCGUGACCCUCUUCUACGGCCCAGUGAUAGGGAUGUAUGUGACUCCAGAUGGAGAAAGCAACUUCCAAUUGGCCAAAAUAAUAACAACCUUCUAUACGGCUGUUACACCUUUCCUCAACCCCCUGAUUUAUUGCUUGAGGAAUGAUCAGGUGAGGGAAGCAGUAUGGAGGUUGUUGAGGAAAAGGGAGAAAUGGAUGAAAAGAAAAGUAAUAAUGGAAAAGGGAGGAAAAGAAAGACCCAAUGUAAUAUCAUAAAAUGAAUGCA